CGUUUUCGCCACCAAAUCACAUUUUACCAUCUAUCUAUAGUAAAUUUUUAAAGAAAUAUGACGACCAACGGCGAAGAAACCACUUCAGAUCGUAAUGUAGAAAUAUGGAAGAUCAAGAAACUUAUAAAAAGUUUGGAGAUGGCUCGAGGAAAUGGAACAAGUAUGAUCUCUCUCAUUAUACCACCUAAAGAUCAGAUUUCAAGAGUUAGUAAAAUGUUAGCUGAUGAAUAUGGUACUGCUUCAAAUAUCAAAUCUAGAGUCAAUAGAUUAUCUGUAUUAGGCGCUAUUACUUCAGUACAACAAAGAUUAAAACUUUACACUAAAGUUCCUCCAAACGGAUUAGUUGUUUAUUGUGGGACAAUUGUGACAGAAGAAGGUAAAGAAAAAAAAGUUAACAUUGAUUUUGAACCAUUUAAACCUAUUAAUACUUCACUAUACCUUUGUGAUAAUAAGUUCCAUACUGAAGCAUUAACAGCUCUUUUAGCUGAUGAUAAUAAAUUUGGUUUUAUUGUUAUGGAUGGUAAUGGUGCUUUAUUUGGAACACUUCAAGGAAACACUAGAGAAGUACUCCAUAAAUUUACAGUUGAUUUACCAAAAAAACACGGUAGAGGAGGUCAGUCUGCUCUGCGUUUUGCCCGUUUACGUAUGGAAAAACGACACAAUUAUGUGCGUAAAGUAGCAGAAGUUGCAACUCAGUUAUUUAUAACCAAUGAUAAACCUAAUAUAGCUGGUUUAAUAUUGGCUGGUAGUGCAGAUUUCAAAACUGAACUUAGUCAAUCUGAUAUGUUUGACCCUCGGUUACAAGCUAAAAUUAUUAAGCUAGUUGAUGUGUCAUAUGGAGGUGAAAAUGGUUUUAACCAAGCUAUUGAACUUGCUGCCGAAUCAUUACAAAAUGUAAAAUUUAUCCAAGAAAAAAAAUUAAUUGGACGUUACUUUGAUGAAAUUAGUCAAGAUACUGGUAAAUAUUGUUUUGGAGUAGAUGAUACUCUUAAAGCACUUGAACUUGGAUCUGUUGAAACUUUAAUAUGUUGGGAGAAUUUGGAUAUCCAAAGAUAUGUUUUGAAGAAUCAUACAACAUCAGAAGAAAAAAUAUUGCAUUUGACUCCUGAACAAGAAAAAGAUAAAUCACAUUUUACAGAAAAAGAUACGGGAGUAGAACUUGAGUUAGUGGAAUGCCAGCCACUUUUAGAAUGGUUAGCAAAUAAUUAUAAAAUGUUUGGUGCAACUUUAGAAAUUAUUACUGAUAAGUCUCAAGAAGGAUCACAGUUUGUUAGAGGAUUUGGUGGUAUUGGAGGCAUUCUCCGCUACAAGGUUGAUUUUCAGUCCUUGCAAGCGGAUGAGCCAUUGGACGAUGUGAAUCUUGAUGAUUACUAAAAACUUAAUUUACUAACCUAAGGUUUAUUACGUUAUAAAGUUGAUUUCCAAAGUAUGCAAUGUGAUGAUUUGGAUCCAAAUGAACUUUAUGAUAUUGAUGAUUAUUAGGUAUUUCACAUUUAGAAUCCCAUUACAUCUGGGUAACUUAAAAUAGGUACAAUUUAUCAUAGGAUAAGCAUGUUUGUAAACAAAAUUUGUUAAAAAUUAAUUUACUGAACAUGAGGUUAUAGGAAUGCUGAUAAAAACUAAAAAGGAAACCUUAAAUUACCCAUUAAUUGUAAUCAUUUUCAAUAAAUACUUUAUUUAUUUGA